AUGUGGUGGUUGCACAGUCUCGUUGUUUUACUAUUGUUUGUUUCUCAUAGUCUGUUGUUCGUCGUCGCGUUUCGUAAAGUACAGAAUAGCAAUCCAGAUGUAUCACUUACGACCCCCGAGCUGUUGCGAAAGUACGGCUACCCGGUGGAGGCUCAUAAGGUGCAGACGGAGGACGGUUACAUUUUAGAAAUCCAUCGAAUACCGUACGGACGAACGAACAAGACAAGUUCGGAGAGGCCACCGGUUUUGGUGCAACACGGCUUGAUCGGAAGUUCCGCGGAUUGGAUCCUCAGGGGACCGGCAAAUUCGUUGGGGUACAUGUUAGCCGAUGCCGGAUACGACGUAUGGCUGGGGAACAACCGUGGCAACGCCUAUUCGAAGAGCCACACGUCGAUCUCUCCGAUGGAUCAUCGUUUUUGGGACUUCAGCUACCACGAGCUCGGCGUUCACGACCUUCCGGCGACGAUCGAUUACAUCCUCGAUCGGACCGAUCGUGAAAGACUCUUCUACAUAGGUCACUCGCAGGGGACGACACAGUUCUGGGUGAUGAUGUCGCAAAGGCCCGAGUACAACAAGAAAAUCACUUUAAUGAUCGGUCUGGCCCCUGUGGCAUUCUCGGGGAACAUGCGGGGGCCGAUUGCAAAACUGGCGAAGUUAACAUAUAUGGGCGUGAGAGUCGGCGAAAUGUUUGGUUAUCCAGAAAUUCGUAUACGUUCCAGUUGGGGAAAGUUCGUCACGAAUCUGCUUUGCAAAGAACGAACCGUAUCAAUGACGCCGCUCUUUUGCACUAAUUUUGUGUUUAUAGUCACCGGUUUCAGCCAGACGGAAUUAAACGCGAACGAACUGACGGUCAUUAUGAAUCACGUUCCUGCGGGAGCAUCUUGGAAGCAACUGGUUCACUUCGGUCAGGGUUACAUACACAAAGAUCUCUUUAGACACUAUGAUUAUGACAAUGAGAAGAAGAACUGUCAAUUGUAUAAUUCGUCGGUACCACCGGAAUAUGAUUUGAGCAAAGUGACUGCACCGGUUGUAUUGUUCAGCAGCGACAGUGAUUUGCUCGCGGUACCAAAAGAUGUAGAUCUUCUGAAAAGGAAACUUUCUAACGUGGUGUUGCACGAGGAAAUAUCUGUUCAAGAGUUCAGUCAUUACAACUUUUUAUGGGGAAAAUCUUCCGUGACCUUUAUAGUUGAACCUGUAUUAAAAUUACUUGCGGUCUACAAAUGA